GUGAACCCCGCGGGCGGGGAGCGGGUGUGCGCAGCGCUAGGUGUGCGCUUCGCCCUGUAGGUAGAGAGACCCUUUGGUUAGCUUUCCACGCCAAGUGGCCGUUCCAGGCAGUCAGUGUCGUCUUGGUUCAGCCAAGGUCACAGAGGGAGUGACAGCUUCCGCGCAGCCCUGGCUACGGACUCUGGGAAUCUUUCCACUGCCCCGCUUGCGCCACCUGUUAGGCAGGAUCGUUUUUCCUCUGGGGCAAGAUCAAAAUCCAGGUCCUGCAGGAAGAAACUCCUCUUAAAAAUAAUUAAGCCUGAUCAAGAUGACAACCUCCCAAAAGCACCGAGACUUCGUGGCAGAGCCCAUGGGGGAGAAGCCAGUGGGGAGCCUGGCUGGGAUUGGUGAAGUCCUGGGCAAGAAGCUGGAGGAAAGGGGUUUUGACAAGGCCUAUGUUGUCCUUGGCCAGUUUCUGGUGCUAAAGAAAGAUGAAGACCUCUUCCGGGAAUGGCUGAAAGACACUUGUGGCGCCAACGCCAAGCAGUCCCGGGACUGCUUCGGAUGCCUUCGAGAGUGGUGCGACGCCUUCUUGUGAUGCUCUCUGGGAAGCUCCUAAUCCCCAGCCCUCAUCCAGAGUUUGCAGCCGAGUAGGGACUCCUCCCCUGUCCUCUACGAAGGAAAAGAUUGCUAUUGUCGUACUCACCUCCGACGUACUCCGGGGUUUUUUGGGAGUUUUCUCCCCUAACCAUUUCAACUUUUUUUUGGAUUCUUGCUCUUGCAUGCCUCCCCCGUCCUUUUUCCCUUGCCAGUUCCCUGGUGACAGUUACCAGCUUUCCUGAAUGGAUUCCCGGCCCCAUCCCUCACCCCCACCCUCACUUUCAAUCCGUUUGAUACCAUUUGGCUCCUUUUUUGGCAGAACAGUCACUGUCCUUGUAAAGUUUUUUAGAUCAAUAAAGUCAGUGGCUUUCA